UGGGAUCUGGUUCCACCAGGACAGACGUGUCUGGAUCCCCAUAUGGGACCGACUGCCACAAUAAACCACAGCUCUCUGCUACAUUCAAGGAAAAAGGAUAUUUACAUUUUCAAAAAUUGCUGGAACACAUGAACUUGUAUUGUGCGGUUCUGCCGCAGAGUAGUUUGCUGUAUUUGGCAGCAUGUGUUUGUGCUGUUGGACAGACGGUGUGGAGGAAUGAGGAUUCGUCUACUUUCUAGGAAAGACCAGUCUGACGUGCAGCUGCAGCCCUGAAGCAGCUUCCUGUUCUCACACUGAUUGGCACCGUGGCGACUCUACAACAGAGGUGUGGAGCCAUCGCUGACUCAAGAGUCUGAUCAGGUCUGAGGCUGGAGGGAUUUACAACCAAGAUCAAGACCUGCCAUGGAUCACGUGCUGAACAUAGCCGACUACUACGUCUUCACUCCGUAUGUCUACCCGACCUCGUGGCCCGAGCACUGGGCUGUGCGUCAGAUCAUCAGCCUGUGGGUGAUGACCAACCUGGGAGCGCUGCUCAUUUACCUGGGCUUCGGUGCUCUCAGCUUCUACUAUGUGUUUGACCAUAAACUGAUGAAGCAUCCGCUGUUCGUUAAGAACCAAGUGAGAAAAGAGAUCCAGCUGGGAACUGUCUCCAUCUUCUGGAUGAGCUUCCCUACUGUCGCCCUUUUCUUCUGGGAGGUCAGAGGACACAGCAAGCUGUACGACGACAUCAGCUCCUCUCCCCUGGGCUGGACAGGGGUGUUCCUGAGCAUCACUGGCUUCUUGUUCUUUACUGACAUGUGCAUCUACUGGAUACACCGCUGGAUGCACCAUAAGAGCAUCUACAAGCUCUUACAUAAGCAGCACCAUAUAUUCAAGGUCCCUACACCGUUCGCCAGCCACGCCUUCCACCCGCUGGACGGCUUCCUGCAGAGCUUACCCUACCAUGUCUACCCGUUCAUCUUCCCCCUCCACAAGGUGGUCUACCUCUCACUCUUUGUCUUCGUCAACGUCUGGACUAUUUCCAUACAUGACGGAGACUACCGCCUCCCGGGCCACCUGAUAUUUUUCAUCAACGGCGCCGCUCACCAUGUAGACCAUCACCUGUACUUCAACUACAACUACGGACAAUACUUCACGCUUUGGGAUCGUCUGGGGGGCUCCUACCGACACCCCUCGGCGCUGCUGGGAAAUGGGCCGCACGACCACGUUCGCAGGCUCAUGGCCGAGGCUGCACGGACGCAGUGAUGAUGGAGCCACAAUCAGGACUUCUGCUCUGGUUUUAAUCCAUCGGGGAAGUUUCUAGAGAGGUCUGAGACAAGAGACUGUUGUCUCAGUUGCAACACCAACUACCAAGAGCACAGGUUAUCCACAGCUAGGAUGUGAAAACUGCUUUUCUGUGUUCCCAAAGGAAACUGUGAUGGUGUGAUUUGGUUAAAUACACUGCAGGAGGCUAAAAUGAUCCCUGGUUAGGCAAAGUUGAGGUCAGUUGCAAUUAUUCUACCUGUUGUAAUACAGUCUAGGUGUUUGUGACAUGAAUCUGUCUAAAUACAAGCAGCUGCAGCCUGGUUUAAAAAAAAUAUAUUGUCAUGUUUUCUGUUGAUGUAGUUUAACAAAAAUGUUGUCUUUGUGUCCUUGUGAUGGACAUUUUCAGUGUAUUUCAUCCGCAUAUCAUCUGUGCAAUAAUUUUCUUCCCAUUCAGUUUAGAAACCUGAAAAAGAAAAAUACAGAGCGUGGCUUUUUUGUCCUUUCUGGGCUGUAAAGCUUUAAAGGUUGUGCGAGUAGAUUUACUGAGCAAGCUGGCACAGAGAAUCAUGUGUGAUGUAGAACUUUUUGUCUGCCAUUUUUUCCCAGAUUGCAAUAAAUAACUGAAUGAAUGGCUGAUUCAUGGA